UUUAUCCAACAGUUCACUGGCAUUGAGUACAACAAGCUGUUCGAGACAUUGUUACCUCUGUCAGACCUGGAGGCUCGUGUGAACAAGGCUGUUGAUCUGAUCACAUCCAGCCAUAAGAAUGUCAGCCGAGAUAUGCUACAUUUUGCUGCUUCUACAUUUUACCACAAACUGAAGGCCGCCGACUGCUAUGUUCCAGCUUCCAAGUAUCACGGCAAUGUCACCUUGCUGAGAGCCAAGGCCAGCAGCGAGUAUGGUGAUGGUUUAGGAUCUGACUACAAACUGCACGAG